AUGCCCGCAGACAUCAGCAAGUGGGCCGGGCCACUGAGCCUACAGGAGGUGGAUGAGCGCCCACAACACCCACUGCAGGUCACCUACGCUGGAGUGGAGCUGGAUGAGCUGGGCCAAGUGCUGACGCCUACUCAGGUUAAGAACAGACCCAGUAGCAUUUCAUGGGAUGGCCUUGACCCAGCGAAACUCUACACCUUAGUCCUCACAGACCCGGAUGCUCCCAGCAGGAAAGACCCCAAGUACAGGGAGUGGCACCAUUUCCUGGUGGUCAACAUGAAGGGCAACGACAUCAGCAGUGGGAAGGUCCUCUCGGAUUAUGUGGGUUCUGGGCCUCCCAGUGGCACCGGCCUCCAUCGCUACGUGUGGCUGGUGUACGAGCAGGACAAGCCACUGAAGUGUGAUGAGCCCAUUCUCAGCAACCGGUCAGGAGACCACCGCGGCAAAUUCAAGGUGGCGGCAUUCCGCAAGAAGUAUCACCUGGGAGCCCCGGUAGCCGGCACGUGUUACCAGGCAGAAUGGGAUGAUUAUGUACCCAAGCUGUACAAGCAGCUGUCUGGGAAAUAGGGGAGUCGCUUGCCAGUCCUAGCCACCCCCCUGCAGUGUCAUGGGGCUGAACAAUGAGUAACAAGACUCUCUCUUCUCCUCCCACCCUGCACAGGGGAGACUCCGGCUGUUUGGGGGCAGUAGUUUAGGUGACUCUUGCUUGUUGCUUGCCCUAAAGACUCCAGUUUGUUUUGGUCAAAUUUAAGCUCCAUCUGGUGGCUAUUUGCCACUGUGAUGGGGUUGUUAUUCUGUUUUUAAAAGAAUAGUAACUCCAAGAGUAGA